UUCAUUGUUCUUUAGGUGCUGGGAACGUAGCUGACCGUGUUCUGGCUCAGCUCUUAACAGAAAUGGAUGGCAUUGAACAGUUAAAGGAUGUGACAAUUUUGGCAGCUACUAACCGCCCAGAUAGGAUAGACAAGGCUUUGAUGCGACCUGGAAGAAUUGACAGAAUCAUCUAUGUGCCUUUACCAGAUGCAGCAACAAGAAGGGAAAUAUUUAACCUGCAGUUUCACUCUAUGCCGAUCAGUAAUGAUGUGGAUCUGGAUGAACUCAUCCUCCAAACAGAUACAUAUUCAGGAGCAGAGAUUAUAGCAGUCUGUAGAGAGGCAGCCCUUCUGGCUCUGGAAGAAGACAUUCAAGCCAACUGCAUUAUGAGAAGACAUUUUACUCAAGCCUUGAGCACUGUGACACCGAGAAUUCCUAAAUCACUGAGACGUUUCUAUGAAGAGUAUCAAGAGAAGAGUGGGCUACAUACACUCUGAGAAAGUAUACAUAUUCAGUAUGCUAAAAACGCUUACUAGAGAAAACUUGUUUCUUUUUUAAGAAUUUUUUCUUGAGAGUGUCAGAAAAAUCCUUCAUAAGCAAAGUGUCUGAAAUAUGUUGACUGGAAAUUGAGAGGCUUCAGUGGUUAAAGACAUUUUAAAUGAUAUGGAUACAAUGAAAAUAUCCAUGAAAGUCUCUGGACAUGAGUUUAAAUCAGUUUUAUCUGGAUAUGUGUGCGAGUUUUAAAAAUCAAACUAGCUUUUUCAUUUUUGACCUGGUUUAUUCAUCCCAUGAAAUGCUCUCCUAACUCCAGAAUCUUUUUCACUGCAUUCCUAAGUGCCCAGCCUAUGAGCAUCAGUUUUAUACAAGAACAUAAAGAAUGCAUGUGGAUUAGUCCAUAGUGAGAAAGAUUUACAGAUCUUUAUUUUUAAAGGCCAGCCAGUGAAAUAGGCAAAUGCACCAACCAGGUUUAUAUAUAUAUAUUUUAAGAUUUUAUUUAUUU